CGGCAUGAUAGAGUGGGUUGAGGAAGAGUCCAACAUUUAUUAGCUGACCAGAAUUCGACUCUUGUUGGAGACCUUCUCGUCGGCUUUUGGUUUAUAAAGAUGUAGACUGCUUUCUAAUUCUCGCCCUACAUGUCCAUGUCUAUCUUACUCAAUAUCUCAAUCCAGCUUUUCCAGCGUAUUGUUUACUAAAAGACCCGUUCAACUACUUAGUCAUAUUCAGUUACCAAAUUCCUCAUCUUAUACAUACUACAUAUAUACGCAUUCAUUCUACACACGUUUCAGACGACGAUGGCUGCAGUCAACGGUAGCGUAAUAAGUGGGCAUGUGACCACAAGGCGACCUUUGCCCUGUGGUAUCUACGCACCAACAAUGAGUUUCUUCGAUCCAGUUACCGAGGAUCUCGAUAUCCCAACCAUCAAGAAGCAUGCUGAGCGUCUUGCACGAGAUGGUCUGGCUGGUCUGGUAACUCUCGGCUCCAACGGAGAGGCCGUCCACUGCACCCGCGAGGAGAAGGUGGCCAUAACCCGUGCCACAAGAGAAGCGUUAGAUGCCGCCGGUUUCACAAACAUGCCCAUCAUCGUGGGAACAACCGAAAGCAGUGUAAGAGGGACCGUCGAAUUGUCCAAGAUGGCUGCGGAGGCUGGCGGCGAUUAUGUGUUACUUCUCCCACCCAGUUAUUACAAGGCGCAGGUUGACGAGGAAAUGAUUGAAGGCUACUACACGGCUGUAGCAGACGCAAGCCCUCUCCCUAUAGUUCUAUACAACUACCCUGGCGCCGUGGCAGGCGUUGACAUGGACUCAGAUCUAAUCAUCAAACUCGGCCAGCACCCCAACAUCGUCGGGACCAAGUUCACAUGUGGCAGCACAGGAAAGCUCACUCGCGUCGCCCUGGCCCUAGACGCGAAGACGCCGUCUUCAGAAGGCAGCGGCUACAUGGCCUUUGGCGGCAUCUGUGACUUCACCGUGCAGACCCUAGCGUCGGGUGGAAGCGGCAUCAUCGCGGGCGGAGCCAAUGUUUUCCCCAAAGUCUGCGUCAAGGUGUGGAACUUGUACGCCGAGGGCAAAAUAGAAGAGGCCAUCAAACUGCAGAAGAUCCUCUCUCGGGGCGACUGGUUCCUUACCAAACCAGCCAUUGCAGGCACGAAGCAGGCGAUCCAAAGCUAUUUCGGCUACGGCGGGUACCCGCGUCGACCUCUCAAGCGCCUGGACGAGGCCAAGGUCGCAGCCGUAGCUGAGGGAAUCCGAGACGUCAUGGAGGUCGAGAAGUCGCUGUGAGUUCUGCCACUUGGGUGAUGCGAUUGGCUUCGCGGCGGACCCUGCUUGCAUUUGCGGUCUUCUGCUUCCCACCUACCUACCUAUACACCGCAUUCGGUCCGGUUAUAUGCACAUCAUAUAACAACCGUGAAGACCGGAUUCGCUCGGCUCGGGGAAAAUGCGGGGUGGAAAUCUGGGGUCGAAGGGAUGCGGCUCUCCUUACCACUCGCUUCUCGGCAUUGCAUUAACUGAGGGGAGACCGGCGUGCAAUGAGCUGUGCUAAUUCUUGACGUUCUUAUAUAAUAUUUUAUGUUUAUAUUACUCUUGUGUUUCGGCGAGAGGGUGCGCCUAAGCC